AUGAAGUUCACUACUGUUGCUACUACUGCUGGCUUAAUUGCUUCAGCUCACGCUACUAUUGGUCUUGACAAGUCCAUCGGUGUUGGUGUUGGUGUCGGUGCUGAUGUCUCAAUCGAUAAAGGAAUCAACAAGAAUAAGCCAGCUCCUCCAGCUGAGAGUGAAUCUGCACCUGCGUCAGAAACUACUGCUGCUGAGUCAACUGUUUACUCAACCACCCACGAUAUCGAAACCACUGUUCUCACAGUCACCAAGUGUAAAGAUAACGCAUGUUCAUCAGUCCCAGUUACCACUGGUGUUAUCACUGUCACUGACGAAACAACUGCUUACAUUACCUACUGCCCAUUGACCAGCACUGUCUCAACACCACCAGCUGCUUCAUCUUCAGUUGAAUCUUCUUCAGUUGAAGCAUCUUCAGCUGAAUCAUCCUCAGUUGAAUUAUCCUCAGUUGAAGUAUCCUCAGCUCCAUCUCCAUCUGCUUCUACCGUAACUGAUGUGGAAACCACCGUUGUCACCAUCACUUCAUGUCACGAAGACAAAUGUCACACCACUACUGCCACUACUGGUGUCACCACUGUCACCGAGGACACCACCAUCUACACCACAUACUGUCCUUUGACUUCGAGUAUCCCACCUCCAGUCAGCUCAUCAGUUGUGCCACCACCACCUCCACCACCAUCUUCUUCCGCUGUCCCACCAUCAUCAGUGUUGUCUACCACCACUGACAUUGAAACCACCGUUGUCACCAUUACUUCAUGUCACGAAGACAAAUGUCACACCACUACUGCUACUACUGGUGUCACCACUGUCACCGAGGACACCACCAUCUACACCACAUAUUGUCCUUUGACUUCAACUCCAAUUGUUGAAUCUUCAUCUACUCCAGUUAUCCCAUCAUCAUCUGCUCCAGUUGUGCCAUCAUCAUCUGCACCAGCUUCAUCACCAAGUGCUCCAGCCAGCUCGUGGGCACAUGCUUCAUCUGCUCCAGUUGCCCCAUCAUCAUCUGCUCCAGUUGCCCCAUCAUCAUCUGCUCCAGUUGCCCCAUCAUCGUCUGCUCCAGUUGCCCCAUCAUCGUCUGCUUCAUCUGACGUUUCUAUCUAUGAAGGUGCUGCUGCUGCCAACAACGGCCCAGUUUACGCUUUGUUGGCUUUGGCUUUGGCUUACUUUAUGUAA